AUGCGUCCGUACUUGCUAAAGGGGCAUGAGCGGCCCCUGACGCAGGUCAAGUACAACCGGGAAGGCGACCUGAUGAUCAGCUGCGCCAAGAACCUGUAUCCCUGCCUCUGGAUGGCGGACGACGGCACUCGCAUAGGCACUUACGAGGGCCACAACGGAGCCGUGUGGACCUGUGAAAUCAGCAUGGACUCGCAGCGGCUGAUCACGUCGUCCGCCGACCAGACCGUUCGCAUCUGGGACCUCCCUACCGGCAAGGAGCUCCACCAGAUCAAGAUGAACGAGCCCUGCCGCGCCUGCGCGCUCUCAAUCGGAGAGAAGCUGCUCGCCUUCACAACAGACAGCUUCAUGGGCAUCCCGCCGCAGAUCCACAUCGUCGAUGUCGACCUGCAGGCGGAGCCCGGCAGCGGCCAGAUCGCCGGCGACAAGCCGCGGCUGACCUUCGACGCCCCGAAGGGCCGCAUCACGCGCAUCGGCUGGGUGGAGCAGAACAAGGUCCUGCUGACCAGCCACGACGGCGGCUUUGUGCGGCGGUGGGACGCUGAGACGGGGGAGUUGCUUGAGGAGGCGCAGGUCCACGAGGACGCCAUCCAGGACAUGCAGUUCUCACAGGACGGCAGCUAUGUCGUCACGGCGUCGCUGGACAAGACGGCCAAGCUGGUGGACGUCUGCACGCUUGAGGUGCUGAAGACCUACAAGACGGGGCGCUUCGUGCAGUCUGCAGCCAUCAGCCCGCUGAUGGACCACGUGCUGGCGGGCGGCGGCCAGGAUGCGAGCCAGGUGACCACAACAGCGGCUAAGGCAGGUGGCUUUGAGGCGCGCUUCUUCCACAAGAUCUACCAGGAGGAGUUUGGCAACGUGCGCGGCCACUUCGGGCCCAUCAACUCUGUGGCGUUUGCGCCAGACGGCCGCAGCUUUGCCACCGGCGGCGAGGACGGAUACGUGCGGAUUCACCACUUUGACAUGGAGUACUUCUCGGCCAAGUACGUCUGA